AUGCCAUACUCUCUCAAAGGCCGCAACGUUUUGGUGACAGGAGGAUCUAGGCAAGUUCUCUCAGAAGGAUCGAACAUUGUCGUAAACUAUGUCAGCAGCAAAGACAGAGCCGACCAGGUCGCCGAAAAGUGUAAAGGGCUGGGGGUCAAGGCCGUCGUAAUCCAGGCUGACAUUGGAGUCGUCAGCGACACUGUGCGGCUAGUGAAAGAGAGCGUUGAGCAAUUGGGAGGACUUGAUAUUAUCAUUAACAAUGCUGGCUGGACUAGGUUCACGAACUUUGGAGACAUCUAUGAUAUGAGCCAUGCUGAAUGGGACAAGUGUUGGGCCACCAACGUCAUGUCCCACCUCGUGUUGAUGCAGGAAGCUGCUCCGAUCUUCAACAAGAACCCGGAUGGCGGCGUAUUCAUCAUCUCUUCCUCUGUUGCGGGUAUAAGCUGCGGCGGAAGCUCAAUGGCGUACUCCACCAGUAAAGCUGCAGGUCUACAUCUGAUGAAAUGCCUCGCCUCUACGCAAGGGCCAAAGAUCCGUAUCAAUGCCGUGUUGCCAGGUCUUCUCCUGACGGAAUGGGGCCUGAAAUUCAGUGAGGAGCGUAUCCAGGCUGUUAAGAACAGCGCCGCUCUUAAGCAAGAGAUGCCUAUAUUUCGCUAG